AUGGGUCAGAGGCAGCUUAUGUGCUUGGGGAGAGUUAUGCUGAAGCAUAGCAAGAUUCUGUUUAUGGAUGAAGCAACAGCUUCUGUUGAUUCCCAAACUGAUGCUAUAAUUCAGAAGAUCAUUCGGGAGGACUUCGCAGACUGUACAAUUAUUAGCAUUGCUCACAGAAUACCCACAGUUAUUGACUGUGACAAGGUGUUAGUUAUAGAUGCUGGACUUGCAAAGGAAUUUGACAAACCUUCUAGAUUAAUUGAGAGGCCAUCACUGUUUGGGGCAUUGGUUCAAGAGUAUGCCAACAGAUCAUCAGGAUUAUGA